CGCUCGACGAAUGGGAAUUUUAUAAGGUCAAGGUCACAGGGGUUAUGUCCAAUGUCAACGUGAAGAACACGUGUUUGGCGACGGGGAUGAGAUACCCGUGCGUUUGGUCAGGGUCUGGAUCUUGUACCCGCUACUGGACAUCCGACUGCAUCACGCUAAACACCAACGGUGUCGGCUGCAAUAACUUAAGGGCCAUCUCGAAAACGCUGUGUGGAAGUACUGACGCUCAUCUCUGCCAGCGCCUUGAUGACGUCUUUGUGUACUUCCCUAAACAUCGGAGAAAUCACAGUGCCUGGGGUGUAGACUACAAUACUUCAAGGUAUCUGUGGGGAUCAGAGUACAAAGACAUGUACGCCCUCUGUGCUGGCUGUCGUAAUCAUCUCGGGAUGGAGUCUGGUGCCAUACCCGAUUGGAACAUCACUGCGUCCUCGGAAUGGAAGCGCGGACGGGCCAGUGACGGGCGGUUAAACGGUGUUAACGGGUAUGGCGCCUGGGUAGCCGCUAUCAACAUCGUCGGGCAAUGGUUACAGGUAGGAAGGAAAGAAAUGAGGAAAGAAAUCAUGAAUGAAUAA